AUGUCAAGUGUAAUGUAAUUUCCAAAAGUUUUAAAAUAUUUUUAAUACUGUAGUUUAAUCACCAUAAAUUACAGCAAGACCUCCACCGAGACAUUCUCCGCAUCGAGUUCGAACGCCGCGAUCCCGAAUCAAUGCCGGUGGGCAUAAUUUCCGAACGCGCCUUUGCCGAUCUCCUCCUCAUUCAUGCCGGUCUGCCCGACAAAAAGAAGGCAAAAAUGAUGAACAGAGUGCGGAGAAGGUUCAAAAAAUCCGACCAAAAUCCUGGAAUAUCCUUCGACGAGUGCCUGGAGUACUUUACUUUUAUCUAUCAUAUCGACCGCGUCGACAUGGCCCUUCAUUUUUAUAAACUGGCCGGAAAACCGCUGGAUAAAGCGUUGCUGAAGAAGGUCGCGAAAAAAGUGGCGAAUGUGGAGUUGUCGGACCGGGUGGUGGAUAUUAUUGUGACAAUGUUCGAUGAAAAUGGGGUGAGUUUUUUUUUUUUGGGGGGGGGGGGGAUUAUUUCGGAAAUUUUUUGAAUAAUUUUAAAAAAGUUUUAGGAUUUUUUUUGGCAGGAAAUGGUGUGAAAAGUUAAUAUUGAGGUCUGUUAAGGGUUAAUUUCUAAUUUCUUUUGGGAAUUUUUGAGGUUUUUAGGUUAUAAAGUACAGUGAGGGACCUGAUCCAAUGGCAUAAAACGUCUCCUUUAGCAUCCCGGAAGGGACCCAAAUGACUCCAAACCCUUCCCUUCUCUGAGCUAAAAAACUCCGCUUUGAAAAGCGCGCCCUUUCCUUCAAGGCGGGCUCUUCAAAGCGGGGCUUUUUAGCUUCGAGAAGGGAAGGGGUUGGAGACAUUUUGGUCCCUCCCGGGAUGCAAAAUGAGAUGUUUUUUGCCAUUGGAUCCGGUCCCUCACUGUAAGUGUGUUAGAUAAGAUUGAGGCCUAUUGUUUGAAGGAUUUAGCAGUGGGAAGGUGGAAUAAAAAAAAAUUUUUUUUUUUUGAUCUUGCGCUUGGUUUUGAACGAGAAAUUGGGGAAUUUUUAAAAUUUCAUGAGUGGUGAUUGGGAAUUUUGAGCUUUUUUUGUCACAUUGAAAUGAAUCUGGGAGGAAGAUUUGGGAAAAAUUAGAGAUUUGUGUGUGUAAGCGAUUUUUAGAUUGCAAGCGAGAGUGUAAAGUAGUGAAGUUUAAAUAAAAAAAAAAAAAAUUGGUUGCAAAAAAUUUUUAAGUUAAAAAAAUUGCUGAUAUGCACGUAUUUUUGCAGGAUGGAAUGCUGUCGCAGAACGAAUUUGUAGCGGUAAUGAAGAAACGGAUGAAUCGAGGCCUCCAACAACCCAAAGAUACUGGUCUGAUUCGACUGUUCGAAGCUGUUUUGACCUGCUCCAAGGAACGGUUUUCCCGUCUUGUUUCUUCGCAUUGA